AUGUAUCAACGAAAUACACCAACAGCAGCUCAGCGAGCCCUCGCAAUUCCAGAGAUAGUGGCUGAAAUCUUCACAUAUUUGAUUAUUGAACCAGAGCCGGUCGAUGGGGAACAGCAGGCCAUAUGUGUUCAGGAAUUGCUGUGUUCGUGCAGUGGUGUCAACUCCCUCUGGUGUGCCGAGACCAUGAGACACCUCUGGCAACAUCCAACAAAAGGAAAACUGGUCUCGCUCGACGAGCGUCUUGGGCGAGUUCAUCCCGCUCGUCGUCAGUUCUACGCAAGCUUUGUCCAGAGUGCCAAGAUUGUUUCGACGCAUCCAGCAGACUUUCCUAGGCAAACCGCUAUUAUGCGUGAUCUGACCUUUCCGAAGCUGAACUCAUUGGUUUUAUGCAUUGACGCAUCCCGGGAACGAAUCCUCUUGCCCUGGCCGAACGCUCCAAACGUCGAGAAACUCUUUAUCCAGAAUGUCUCACGAGUCUACCCAGGGGGUCGACUUUCUUCCUAUGGCCUCAUGGGAAAGACUUUGCGCAGGCGAACAUUGACUAAUCUCCCUGUGCAUAUCAAGAAACGGUAUCCGACGGUCAAGCGAAUCGGGAGAUCAAUCGACAGCAUCACUACCCGCAAAAUGACUGCACGAAUUCUCAAAAUGCUCCCCCGGACUGAAUUUCAGGUGAAAGACCUGAUGAGCUUCCGUGCUCGCACUUUGUGGUAUUAG